UUAUAAUAUUUUACAGUGUCGAUAAUUAGAGAUAUUAAUUGCUAAAAUUGUAUCCCGAUAAAAACGUGUCAACUAAUAAACGGAGAAAGUAUUAAAAUCAGACAAGAUUAAGGUGAGAAAACGGGGCCCAUGCAUCAUCAUGAUAUUGAUACUAUCAGCCUAUCAGUCAUUCAUGCUCCUUCACCAGCACCAGGCGCGAAAAUGAUGACAGUAACACUCUGCUCAACCUCAACUUCAUCAUCUUCCCCAAAAUUCCCUCCAAAUCCAAAACUCCCAAAUUCUCUCUCCAAUAAUCCGACGAAUGCCGCCAUUUCUCGACGACAAACCUCUCUUCUCCUCUCAAUCACCCCUUUUCUUCUCGCAUCACCUCCUCCUGCAGUUGCAUUCAACCUUGGCAUUUCUGGACCAAAAGAUUGGUUGAGAGAGCAGAAAAAGAAGUCGAUUAAGUAUCUUUUAGCCCCAAUUGAUGCUUCCCAAGAAAUUCUUCGCUAUACUUAUCAAUUGCUAAUGGCGAAGGAUGUCAAUUAUGAGCAGAAGGAUUUGGAGGAAAUUCAAGGGAUGUUAAAAUCUGCUGCUAGGGAUUGUGUUGCUGAGGAUAGGAAUUCUUUGGUAGCAUUUCAAGCUAAAACUGGUGUUGAGGUUUGCACGUUUAAAUUAGUUGUGACUAAUGCAUCAUCAUUACUUGACGAUGGUGACUCUGCCAAAUUGGAAGCUGAAGCCAGACUAAGUGAUCUUAUAAGAUCAUUCACCUUUCUGAAUGGUGUGGCCAAGGAAGCAGAUUUUCAACUUGUCUCAGAUAGACAAAAGGUUGCAAAUGCUGUCAUGGACUCGUUGUCGUCUCUCAACAAUUUUGAACAAGGUAUCAAAGGAUGCAUUGACGUUUGACUUCCAACUGGAUAACCAUGGGUUUUUUCGUCGUAGAGAAUCUUGUAUGUAUUUAGAAGUUAAUGGAUGUGAAACAGUAGACUUUACUCUGGGAGUGACCCAAUCUUUUUAAAGCUUAAACCUUAAUAUCUUGUCAAAUAUAGUUUGCCCCCUUCACUAUUGAUACAAAUAUAUGCACCUGCUCUUUACAGAGUCGUUACCAUGUUGGUUCCUUUUUCCUAAAUUGCAAUAGAGAAAAAAAAGCUUGAAUUUGUUUUA